AUGGCAAGUACUACAGCAACAACCGAACCCAUGCGUUGCAACGUCGAAUUCAAAACCCUUGAUGGAACGACACUAAGCGGGUGGUUCUAUCCAGCUGGGGAAAAUGCCCCGGCAGUGGACAUUUCUCACGGCGUAACUCUCCCUCUAGUCUAGUCCUUACUGUUCAUCUCCUCCUACUAAUCAUAAAGCUAGUUCGCCUGCCUAAAAUCCUGGUCCCUCCCAGCGAUUUCCACAGCUCUCCAGUCCUCAGGGAUCGCAUCUCUCAUCUACGACCAUCGCUGCUUCGGCACAUCGUCAGGCACGCCCCGCCACGACAUCGAUCCCGAUCUGCAAUGCUCAGACGUCCACGACGCUGUUAGUUACCUACUUUCCUUCCCAAACGUGAACCCCGACAAAAUCGGCAUAAUUGGGUACAGCUACUCGGCGGCCCACGCCGUAAAAACCGCUUCCCUGGACCGGCGCAUCAAAUCCGUCAUUUCGAUCAACAGCUUGAUCAGCGGUUCCUGGCUGUUGGGAUUAAUGCUCCCGGACAGAAUUUCCACCGACGCGCUUAUAUGGGAGGACAGGGAACGGCGUCGUAUUGGUGAUGGGGAAGUUGGAUACCUCCCUGUCUGUAGAACACCAGAAACGCAGGGUGAUAUGGUGUUUCUGCCGACCAAAGGGGCGUCAGAAUUUUAUCUGCGGAUGCAGAAAGUUGAGAUUGCUAAUGGCAGGGAGUGGAGGAACGAAGCUACAAUCCAGAGCCUUCUGGAACUGAGGAAAUAUAAUAUUAUGGAGGAUAUGAGGGUUUUGGCCCCCACGAGCUUGUUGAUGAUUGUGGAUGAGUCUGUCCUCAAGAGUGGGGAAAACAGGAAGGCCUUUGAGGCGGCGGGGGAGGGGGGCGAAAUUGUAAGGGAGUUUGUUACUGUCGAGGGUGAGCAUUUUGAUGCCAUGACUGAGGGUAAGGGGUUGGAGAAGGUUAUCGAGCAUUCGGUUAGUUUUCUCAAGAGGGUUUUUUGA